AAAAGCUAUUUGAAUGUACAGCAUGAUGAUGGAGACGGACUUGCACUCCCCUGGCGGAGCCCAGGCCCCCACGAACCUCUCGGGGCAGACCGGAGCGGGAGGCGGCGGAGGCGGCGGUGGCGGCGGCGGGGGAAACAAAGCGAACCAGGACCGGGUCAAGAGACCUAUGAACGCCUUCAUGGUGUGGUCGCGGGGCCAGCGGAGGAAGAUGGCCCAGGAGAAUCCCAAAAUGCACAACUCGGAGAUCAGCAAGCGCCUGGGGGCCGAGUGGAAAGUCAUGUCGGAGGCCGAGAAGAGACCGUUCAUCGACGAGGCGAAGCGGCUGCGAGCGCUGCACAUGAAGGAGCACCCGGAUUAUAAAUACCGGCCGCGGCGGAAGACCAAGACCCUGCUCAAGAAGGACAAGUAUUCGCUGGCCGGGGGGCUGCUGAGCGCCGGGUCGGCCGGGGGAGGCCCGGCCGGCGUCGGCGUGGGCAUGGGCGUCGGCGUCAGCCCGGGCGGCGUCGGGCAGCGGCUGGAGAGCCCCGGCGGCACGGCCAGCGGCGGCUACGCGCACAUGAACGGCUGGGCCAACGGCGCCUACCCGGGCUCGGUGGCGGCGGCGGCGGCGGCGGCGGCGAUGAUGCAGGAGGCGCAGCUCGCCUACAGCCAGCACCCGGGCAGCGGGGGGCAUCCGCACCACCCGCACCCGCAUCACCCGCACCACCCUCACAACCCGCAGCCCAUGCACCGCUACGACAUGGGUGCCCUGCAGUACAGCCCCAUCUCCAACUCGCAGGGCUACAUGAGCGCCUCGCCCUCGGGCUACGGCGCCCUGCCCUACGGCUCCCAGCCCCACCAGAACUCGGCGGCGGCGGCGGCGGCAGCGGCGGCGGCGGCGGCCGCCUCCUCGGGUGCGCUGGGCGCACUGGGCUCGCUGGUGAAGUCGGAGCCCAGCGUGAGCCCGCCCGUCACCUCGCACUCGCGGGCCCCGUGCCCCGGGGACCUGCGGGAGAUGAUCAGCAUGUACUUACCGGCCGGGGAAGGCGGGGAUCCGGCGGCCGCUGCCGCCCAGAGCCGGCUCCACUCCCUGCCCCAGCACUACCAGAGCGCCAGCACGGGGGUGAACGGCACCGUUCCCUUGACGCAUAUCUGA